AUGGACGUUCUCAACCGUCCCUCCACCAUUUCCGCCGCUGCCAUCGCUCGUCUGCCUCAAGUGGAGACCAAAGCCGACCUCGACCGCCCACCCUCUCUCUACGAAACCUUCGGGGCCGUGCAGCAACUCUCCAGCAGGAAAGCGCCUGAAUCGGGCGCGCUCCCCACUGUCCUCCCACAUUCAUUCACUGCAUGGGCCUAUUCGGCCACAUGCGUAUCCACGAGAGUGAAAUUGACCGCAGCCCGAUACACCUAGCAUAUCCAGCACACCCACCAUGCCUAUUCCCGCCCACACUCCGCAGCCCAGCGCGCCCACCGCUACCAGCCCCAUUACACUCGGUACAUUCUACACACCCAUCAUGUUCAGCGCAAAUCCCACCCCGCCGCCCAGCGCACUCACCACCACCACCAGCUCCACCAUCACCAUCACCGAAGCUGUCACUGAGAUCGCCGACUUCUCAUGUUCACAAUGUCCCCAUACAUUCACUUCGCGCAUCGGUCUGGUCGGUCACUUGCGAAUCCGUCGCACAGAGACUGGCGAAAAAGUGCCUGGAGCUCAAACCUGCACUCGCCGCAUCCGCCUCCACUGUCCACAUUGCACUCGCAUAUUUAUUCACCGCAAGGGUCUAUUAGGCCAUAUGCGCGUCCACGAAAACCCGCGGUAG